UGGUGAUCAGUUUCUAAGUGGAUUGAUUUCCAAUUUGAAAUUGGGGAUUGGAUCGAACGGGGCUAAUUAAGAACUGACCCGUUCGUCCUUGAAUCAACAAUGUUAAAUGGUUUAUACUAUAAAAAAUAAAACAAAUGUGUGUGUAUAUAUAUAUUUUUUGGGCCGGUUUUGUUGGUUCGGUCUAGUUGGUAAAGUUCCUCUUUAGCAAUUGAGAAGUGGACUGAUUCUCGAGUUGGAUCAAAACCUUGCACAUACACACUGUAGUUGAAGAUAUUUUUAAGAAAAUGUUUCCAAAACUCUUUUAAUUUUCAAUGUUAGUUUUGAUUGGGUUUGUAUUAGGUGGGGUUGGGUUUAUGUGCUUUUUUGGCUUGUACCGGGAUGUUUGUCCCCAUAUCCACUAAUCCAAAGGGAAAAAAAAAGGAAAGACAAUCUUAAGAUAGCACUCUAAUGUUCUCCUAACAUCAUGGACGGUCUCCUUCAUCAUCCCCCUCCUUCUGGGAACUACAUUAUGAUCUUUCGAUAUCAUCGAUUUAAAUUAGGUAUAGAUAGAAAAUUAGAUCGGGGUGCUCAGAAUAGAAUAGAAUUUCCCCCCGUUUCCUCGGGAGAUAAAAAAAUCAUUCCGCGGCGGGGCAAGCGCACGUGCCUAUCGCACCUGCCCCCUCUCCUCUCGACACACCUGCCCCCUUCCCUCGGUUUCCGUUUCCGUAACCCGAGCCUCCCGAGGCAAGCUCGGCGCCGGAACCUCCGGUUCGGGAGCUCCGCGCCUCUCAACGGCCUAGAUUUCGUCUCGCCCAACGCCCAAACCUUCCCCCCCAAUUCUCUUGUCCUUGUAAAACCCGCCAUUGGAAGAAGCCGAGGCGCACGAAAGACAGACGCUCUCUCUCUCUCUCUCCUCUUUUCUUGGCGGAGAUCCAUGGCGGCAGAUCACGCAGGAGACGCGGAGCCCUCGCUGAUGGAGAAGAACACCGAGAAGAUCCACGUCCCCGACCCGCCCUCCGCCUCCUCCUCCUCCGAUUCGGACGACGACAAGCCCUCCGUCGUCGAUUCCGCGAAAUCGAAAGUCUACAGGCUCUUCGGCAGGGAGAAGCCCGUCCACAAGGUCCUCGGCGGCGGCAAACCUGCAGAUAUUUUCCUUUGGAGGGACAAGAAAGUCUCUGCUGGUGUCCUGGGCGUGGCCACUGCAAUAUGGAUUCUCUUUGAGUUGAUGGAGUACCAUCUGAUCACUCUUGUUUGCCAUAUUUUGAUUGCCACUCUGGCAAUUAUAUUUCUGUGGGCUAGCGCAUCCACACACAUCACAAAGUCCCCACCUAACAUCCCAGAAGUUCAACUUCCUGAGAAAUGUGUGCUGGAAGUAGCUUCUGUACUGAGAUUUGAAGCUAAUCGAGGGUUGGCUCUUCUGAGGGAGAUAGCAUCAGGGAGAGAACUAAAGAAGUUCCUAGCUUUCAUUGCAGGAUUGUGGGUUCUCUCCAUGGUCGGGAGUUGGUUCAACUCCGUCACCUUGUUUUACAUAACUUUUGUUUUGCUACACACUGUGCCUGUGUUUUAUGAAAAGUACGAAGAUCAGGUUGAUCCGUUUGCGGAGAAGGCAAUGGUGGAGAUCAAGAAGCAGUUUGCAGUUUUCAAUGAGAAGGUCUUGAGUAAAGUGCCAAGAGGACCUUUGAAAGACAAGAAAAAGGAUUAGUCGGGGGUUGUCAUACUAAUUUUACUGGGUUCAUGGCGAAAGCGAAAUUGGAGGUUUUCUUGGCCGGUGUCUGGUCCUGUUUACCCGGGUUUCUUAUAUAUUAGAUACUGCUACAUCUUUACAUGCAUCGACUAGUUAUAUAUGUCAGACAUCUUCUAAAUCUUACUAUGCUCUUCUAUCUUUUUUGCACGCUUGGUCGUUGGGACUUCCUCUCAAGCAAAGCAAAAGGAUGGUUUGAAAAGGAAAAUUGCUAUCUUGCCUCUUGAAGAUGUUAUGAACUGAUUAUUUUCCUAAUCACGCUCUUUGACUUCUGA